AGGACAUGGCGUUGCACAGUAGAGUGGGGUGCGGUGCACGUGCGAUUUUGCCUGUCUCCGGUCUAAUGUUACCCUCUUCUCUCGGGUUGAUGACAGUAAUCGCACGAGGAUCGAGAUGUUGCUAGCACAGGGCUAGGCCAAAGCAUGGAAGAAGCACCUGAUGGAGUCCUUGCCGUUUUCCAUGCCAUCGCCGAACAGGAUCCCGACGUGUUGAUACACCAAUUCGGGAACGGAACUUCGCCUGGCCUCUGCAAUGCUUUCGGGGUGUCAGCAGCAGGGUAUGCAGCUGCCAUUGGGAAAUUGAGUCCAGCCUUGCUUCGAUUCCUUGGGCCUAAUGUAAAGGACAUCAAUUCUGGCUCUCCUGCCCCACUCAUCUUUGCAGCAUUUGGAGGUCAUGCUCAUGUUGUCAGGUUUCUUCUUAUGCAUGGAGCGGAUCCCAAUCUUCCUUGCCCUCGAUCAGGUGUGACACCAUUGAUGGUUGCUGCUCUUCUUGGACAUGAAGCAGUAGUUGAUCUUCUGCUGGAAUGGGGUGCUGACACAAAUGUCCUGUCCAGUCGAGGAGAUACAGCUCUUUCUCUUGCUGCAGGCUCACCUUUUCUAUCAUCUCCACCAAUCAUUAAAAAACUGCAUCCUCUAACGUCAAGAAGACCCAAAAGAUGUGAGACUGGGAGUGAGAGUUCAGGGGACAGCAUGGUGGAAACAGUAACCAAGGGAAAGUCUUGGGAAUUCCUAGGAGGUUCUGGGAUGAAGCAUGAGGAUAGUCCUCUCUUACACGCCUCAAUGAAUGGGAAUUUGGAGGCAGUGGCAUUGCUGAUUUCCAAAGGUGCCUCACUGGAUGACCCUGAACCCCAGUUUGGGUGGACUCCUCUCAUGCAGGCUUUGUUUCAUCGGAAGUGGGAGGUUGCAAAAUACUUGAUAGAAGCAGGAGCAGAUGUGGCAUACAAGACAAAAGAUGGAAUGACAGCAUUCGAUGUGGCUCUUCUUGUUGACAUUGGCUUAAAUGAUCAAGAACUUUUUCAACUGCUCUGUCAGAGGGUUGCUGCAUCUACAACUUCCUCUCUCAAACUCACUUCCUCUCCUUCAGCUUCAGCUAUUGCUCUCAACAAGGAGAACUUGGAAUCCACAAGCUUCUGGAGGAAGCUGUUUAUCAUGCCUUGGAAGUCACAAAACCGGGAAAGAAAGGAAUCAGAUGUGAAACAGAAGCGACAGAAUGGAGUCUUGUCAAUUUCACAUGAAAACUUAGGUUUAUCCAAAUGCUCCCUUUCAGAAGACAGUGCAGCAGGGAAGGGGGACAGAAGAGCAUCCUUACCAGAGAUGGUUGUUAAUGCUCAAAAUUGUUCCAAAGAAGUCUCUUGGAUGGCACUGUUGAAGAAGUAUGGUCUCCAAGAUGCAGAAAGAUUGCUGAAGGAACAUGAGGUUGAUGAGUAUGCCUUCCUUGUUCUGACAAGAGAAGACUUUCUGGAGAUAGGUAUCCCCCAAGCACAAGUCUCAGCACUCUUACAAGUGCAACAGCAACUUCUGCAUAACUCCUUUCUCUGGGCACAUUCUCCAGCUGGAGAAGAUGUCAAGAUAUUGGAGAAGGGAUUUGUGGUCCCAGAGUAUAUGGCCAAUUUGGUGGUUCCUGAAAGCACAGAGAAGACAAAAGGUUGGAGAUGGUUUGGAGCAUCCUUGUCAUCUGCAGCUGCAGGAAUGAUCUCAUCCUCUGCAGGGAAGAAACCACAGGAGGAAUCUGACUGGCAGCAGGUCAAGCUCCAAGCAGAUGAACUCUAUGAUUCUCAUAACUUCCAUACUCUUUACACCCUCCUCCUCCCCUACAAGGGACUGCGGUCCCUUAUUAAACUCAGCCCAGACAACAUCUUUGGAAUGCAUGACAUCCUCCUCCUCACAGAGACAUUCCUUACUAAACCCAUGGACAUUGACAGCUACUACUCAUUUCACUCCCUUGCCAGGCCAACUGCAAGUAGAGAAGACCCUCAACUGACAAUGGCUGAAGAGCUCCUAAAAGAAGGCAAACUGGACAUGGCCUAUGAACUCUUGAGACAGGCCACCCUUAAUGCAGCCCCUAGGAUAACCAAAAAGGGAAGGAUCGCAAAGGAAUGGUUUGACCAGGAGUGCUAUAUGCUUAAGCACGAGGUAUUGAUGAGACAUCAAGAAGUCAUCUGGGAUCAAGGAAACUGUCCAGAAUACGCGGAAUCACAUAGAAGAUAG